AUGUCCAGUCACGACGAGUAUUCCUCAGACGAAGAAAGCUUGUUCGACUCGCAGAAGUCAGAUGUUUUUCUCGGGUUUGUGGAUAUCGGAAUAGGAGAAGAUGAUGAGUACCCUACAAUUGAAGACACCUUCAUUGGAGGACAGCCCAUCUGGCCCCAUCCACAACUGAAGCCCAAGGAAGAAGACAUGAAAUGUGACAACUGUGGCAAACUUAUGGCUUUGCUACUACAAGCGUUUGCUCCUCUAGACGGCAAGACCUACGACAGAGUGAUUUAUAUAUUUGCAUGUAAGAAUACUGCCCAGUGCUCAGGCAAGAAAGGAAGCGUCAAAGCCCUUCGUGCUGUGAAUAAGGACCCUGCUAUAGCAGAACGAAUCUUGCAGGAGCAACAGGAAGAAACUCAGAAGGCUUUGGAUGAGAAGCUUCGUUUGGAGAACAAGAAGAAGAUCCAGAUCGAGAUGACCAAGGACCUUUUUGAUGUGACGAAGCCCAGCGAUGGGAAAGGGAACCCAUUUCUGAACAGCAACCCGUUCAGCUCGCUGCAACCGUUUGGAGAAACAAAUCCUUUCACAGGAACGAAUUCGUUUGGAUCGAGUGAGAAGACGGAAGGGAUCAGUCACAACAAGAGCAGCGUCAAAAGUUACGCCGACGUCAGCAAAUCUGCUAAACCCCCAGCAAAAGCAUCAAAGCCAGUGCUGGCAGAGUUGCCUGAAUAUCCCGGGUAUAUCCUCUUCACGGAGAAGGAGAAGUUAAAGAAAGUGACGCUUGAGCCAGAGUUGGAGAAGUAUAAGCAUUUGAUAGAAAAUUCUGCAGAGGAGGGAGACAGCGAAGGCAAAAGCGGCAAGAAGGAAAGAAGCUUAUCGUCGUCCAGCUCGUCGUCAGCUGCAGUGAACACCCAGACAAAUCAGAUCUCCAAGAUGCUCCAGGACAAGUUUUUCGAGAGCUUCACCUCUGUGGUGAAUCACAAUCCAACACAAGUUCUUCGCUACGAUCUAGACGGAAAGCCUGUUCUCUACAGCGGGAAGGACGAGGUUGCAAAGCAAGUUAACGAAGGAACCAUCCCUGAUCCAGCAUACAACCCCUCUUCGAGAAGACGGUUUGAGCUACAGUUGAUGCCCAAGACGAUCAUGGAUCUUGAGAAGAACGCCAAUUCCGUGGCCGACAUCUUGAACGGGAUGUCUUGGGGAACAAUCAUAGUGUACACUGAUGAGGAGGAUUACAUGCCCAGUGUCGACGAACAUCACGUUGGAUACGUGAGAGAGUACUGUGGUGUGCAGUGGGAAGAGAGCGUAGAGCGUGCCCAACAAGGCGCCAGCGACGAAUAG